UUAUUAAUUGUAAUAUUAAUUGUAGUACACGCCAUUAUUACUACGUUACAGUAUUACAUGGCAGUACUGCACCACCUAGUACUACACCCUAAAUAUUACUACACCCUAAAUAUUACCACAUCAUGUAUUACACGCCAUUACUACACCACCUAGUACUAAACCCUAAAUAUUACUGCACCAUGUAUUGCACGGUACUGUACGCCAGCAUGCACAUCGUGGUAUCUAUGCUGCUAGAUGUACAGCACUAAUUCGUAUUGCAAGAGCAGCAAAAUGAGUGUAAUACCGUAUUUGAUGUAAGUAAAGUAAUUUAUUAAUUGCUGCUACGCACACAAUUACGCUUGAUCUGCUAUAAAAGAAUGCUUUACCGCUCAGCUGUGGCAUAAGGGGCACAGCACCAUUAAAGGAGGUACUCCAUCACAAAAAGGGUACUAACAGCCCAUCCCAUGCGUACAAUAGCACUGCUCAACCGCUCAAAAGCUGCAAUUCCAAAAAAAGUGCAGUGGUUGAAAAAUAACAUUCUCAAGAAAAACGAUAAAAUACUCGUAGUGGCACUGGAACGGUGCACUACCGCAUACGUACCAGCAAUGCACAGGUGCACAUGGUUACCUGCAGUACACCGCAGUGCGUGCACGAAUGCACCGGUCGCGUACUACAAAUCGGUGCUGUGCGGUGUUUCCAAUGACAAGCGGUUGGUAAUGGUGCGGGAGAAUGAGUGUGCACGUGUUAUGGAGGUGCUGGAGAGGUGUGCAAUUGAUGUGGUGGUGGUUGGGAAGGAACUUUUGGGCGGUGAUGAAGGGUUGUUUAGGAUGUUGUGUGCGUGUAUGAGAAUGAGCGUGGUUUUGGUACCUGUGUAAGAAUGAUGAGCGGUUGUGAGUGAUGAGCGAGAUGUGAAUGAUGAGCGGUUGUGAAUGAUGAGCGGUUGUGAAUGAUGAGUGAGAUGUGAAUGAUGAGCGAGAUGUGCGGCCAUGGCACGUUACCAGGUAAUACCCCCUACCAAGCACCGAUGCAUAAAAUUAUAAUAAAAUCAAAUUUUAAA